CGUACGGUUGGCUGUCUUUAUCACACAUAUCUUGGCUCGUGUGUUCGAUGGUGGACUUAAUCCUAAACGAAAGUGAAAUUUUCCGUAGAUUGCAGCUGAAAUUAGUAACUUUGAUAAAAGACUAUGAUGGCCAAUAAAGGGUGGAGAGUCGUGCAGGCUCACAUACCUAUGAUUAAAUUCCGUAAGGGUGACAUUGAAAGAGCUGUAAGAGAUGUAAUCGCGACUAAUCAGUCAGCUGGUCCAGCAUCGUCGCCACUGAAAACGACAAGCAGGGCGUCGGGCCCCGGCGUUGUGACCAGACCAGUUAUUGAAGAUUUCCAACUACCACCGAGAUAUCAGAGGCGUCCACUGGAUAUCCAAGAAAUCGAAUGUAUUAAUCGUGGCGGACCCGAAUAACGAUAUUCCAAGCGCACAAAAAGCUUUCGAAUUCACAACAAGUCAUCUCAUAGUAUUUAAUCGGAAUUUCCCAAGUUUCCGUAUUUAACGUUGUAAAUUAUCAAACUCUUGUACAUAUAUGUAAGAUUGCAAUUGCUUGACAUUAAAGUAGAAAUAAAACUCUCAUAAAUUUAA